AUGCUUGGAGCUGAAAUAGUAACUUUGGAUUGGUUGACUAAUUCUCUUAAAUAAGGAAAAGUGAUUUAGAAUUUCCAAGAUUAUAUUCCUAAGAGUGAUGAAUUUGUAAAUUCUUUUGGAUUAAGCAUAUAAUAAAUUUUAUAAAGUAGGGAUACUUAUUUUGAAACAAAUGAAAAUAUAGUCAAAAUUUUUAAUGGAAAUUAUUUUGUUAAAGUCGAUGUAACUCCUUCAAAAGCUGAAAUCGAAUAUUUAAUAAAAUUAGGUGGUGGAGAGAUUUUAUAAAGACCUGGUAAAAAUGUAAUAACCAUAAGUGAUACAAAGAUUGGAAAUUCUAUGCCAUCAGAUUAUAUUUUGGAUGGAUGUAUGUUUCAAUCUUGA